UUCUCUUCUUCACCUAAUCGCCUUUUCACUUUCAUUCAUACCAAAAUAUUUAGGCAUUCUUUCUCUCUUUAGCGCUUUCUUUCGAUUCAUCGUUCAGGGAUAAGAAGAUAAUCCGGUCAAGAUGGAUGAUUUCUCAGCAACGUCAGGGGAUUCGUCAUCCACUUCUACGUCGUCUUCAUUGUCAAUAUUUACGAAUUACCCUCUCCUUUCAGCUCUUGUGUCCUUUGUUAUCGCCCAAUCUAUCAAGUUCUUCACCUGCUGGUACAAGGAAAGACGAUGGGAUCUAAAGCAACUUAUUGGAUCUGGUGGAAUGCCAUCAUCCCAUUCUGCAACUGUUACUGCUCUUGCUUUGGCCAUUGGGUUACAAGAAGGCUUUGGAGGGUCUUUGUUUGCUAUUUCAUUGAUCUUAGCAUGCAUUGUGAUGUACGAUGCAACUGGUGUAAGACUCCAGGCUGGGCGCCAGGCAGAGGUGUUAAAUCAAAUUGUAUAUGAACUUCCUUCUGAACAUCCUCUGGCUGAAAGCAGACCAUUGCGUGAACUUCUUGGUCAUACCCCUCCUCAGGUCAUUGCCGGUGGGUUACUUGGUAUUGUCACAGCAGUUAUGGGCCAUGUAAUCAUCUUCUUCAGUGGGCAAUCUUAGGCUCAAGUGGAUCGCAUAUAUCAUCAUCAUACACAUCUCUAACACUUGAUCAUGCCACAGAACAGAACUCAUCUGGCAUAUCUGUGACCAUAAUCAUUUUCUGAAUUUGAAUGCGUAGACUUUGGUUUUAACUUACCAUAUUCUUCCGUUGAACUAUCAUCUCUUCAUUCAAAACGGUAGCAUUUCUGCAAUGUAAUUUGAUUGAUUGAUUGAAUCAUUAGUUGUGAAUUGUGAUAUAAUGGAAAUGUCUGCUAAAUAUCAGCCAUGAAGUUGGCAAAAAUAUUUGCAUCUAACAUGCUAAGUUUGAU